CAGCGUUCGUGACAUUAAAAUAUAAUCGUUGUUAGUGAUUUCUUUCCGUAAAUUAUUACUAAAUUUAAUUACUAUAACUAAAAUAACUAAAUGCGUUAUAAUUAUUUUGUAAGUUUAUUAAAAAUAGAAUACAAACACUGAAUACAACCAAUGUUGUACCGUAUCACUGUUAUUUUUGUAACUUUUUUUACUGUUGCGAAAUCUUAUUGAUUUAAAUUUAAAAAUUAAAUAAAAUUUAAAUCAAUAAGAUUUAACAAGAUUUAAAAGAACGGAUUUAAAUAAUAGUUGAAAAAUGGCUAGAGAAAUUUUUGAGAAAGUCAUCCCUUUAAUAGCAUGAAAUUAUUAUUAUAGGAUUAAUAGCAUGAAAUUAUAGCCAUAGUGAUGAACAGGAUGGUGACUGAAAUGUUGAUGACCAGUUUAAUGAUGGCGUUGAUGAUUGCAAAGAAAUGGAAAACGAAGUCGAUGACCAAGUAUUUCAAACAUUUUCACAUUUUCUGCCUAGCAGUGACGAAUUGCUUAGGCUCAAUAUCAACACCUCAGACGAACUCAGCAUUAUGCAGUCCAGAAAAUUUACUAAGAUGUUUGGCAUAUUUCCCGUUAAAUAGCACACUCUUGACAUCAGCCGUUCCAUACGCCACGCCUGACGAACUCGAUCAGUUUUGUGGUCGUUUCGAAUACUUUGUGAAAUGUUACAAUUCGAUAAGAAGCCAGUGUUUCGACAGCAUUCCAUUGAUAAAGCUGGUUGUCUACGAUGGCCAGAGAGAUUCUCUCCAAUACCUUUGUGUCGACGGAAGGAAUGACUACUUAUCGAAUCAGGCUUGCUUCGGUGAUCCAGGUCUCCAAAAUGAAUGCCAAACCUGCAAAAAAUCUCUGGUCAGCCAAAUAGAAAAGGCCGGCCAAAUUGAGGACCGCAUAAAUAGGACAAACAAAUAUUGCCAGGCGGGAGAGUUAUAUUUAGGCUGCGUGAACAACAACUUGAAAAUUAUAUGCUCGGAAAAAGCGGCAAACUGGAUAAUGGAAUUUAACAAACGAACCCUCAAACCGUUAUUUUCUGCCAUCAUGUGUCCUGGAUGGGAAUUCACAACCACAAAAACUGAAACAGCCAACAGCAGAUUGGACAUCAUACUCGGAGUCUGCCUCACGUUUUUCUGCCUGAUAAUCCUCAUCUUGAUGGUCGUAGCGAUCGUUUAUUGCUUAAAAACAAAAAGCUACGUAUACCUUUACUUUUUUGUUUGGCACUUCAAGCAACGAGACCGUGCGACCAACCCUCCUCCCUAUCUUCCAACAAUUUCUCACGACGUCGAGCGCAGGCCGACAUACAGUACAGACACUGCCGAAAGUUGCUUCAAAAGUGAUUUUGACACCAGUAGCACACACUCUGGCAGUUACUUCACCGAUGAAAAAAUAGAUGGCGAUGAUAAAAUUGCGGACCUUCAAGCGACAUGUAAAAGCAGAACAUCAACCCCAGUCAAUCCGCAAACCUCUCCCGUUAAUUCCAAACCUUUUUCUAUCUGUCGACUUUUUAGAAACAGGCACAGCUUAUCAGACUCCGGUUUCAGUGGAGCGAUUAGCAGCCUUGGCGGCAACUCGAUUGACAGCAGUGGCGGAAUCACAGUUGUUAAUAAUACGAACGGUAGUCGAGACCACACACUCAACUCAAACAACAGCAAAGAGAGUAAUAGUUCAAAUCCAAACACGAGUUGCAACAGCACACCAUCAGUUCUUUUUGAGCGACCAGUUGUCAACCCAUUCACCAGGUUGAUGUCCAACCCCGAAAUUCCAACAAUCGACCCGUGUGCCGUCGUCGAUGGAUACUACUGCUGAACUUUAUUCAUCUGCUCGUCUUGUAUAUUUAGGAAGUAUUUGGUGAAUUAAUUUGUUCGUUUUGUUUAACAUUUGAAUUUUUUUUAAAUAUCUAUGAAGUGACAAAAACAUUUAAUAAUGUGAUACGUCAUUUUUAUGAUAUUGCUUAGAUUGUUUAAUCACAUAAAUGGAAUAUUCAAAGAAAUGGAUAGAUUGUCAUAUGACAACUUUUUUAUAAAUUAAACUUGUAAAUGCAUAAAUAUUGCUUCGUUGAAAAGUCUCAAAAAUCAAAAUUUAAUAGU